UACCCUCAAAGAUAUCAACGACAAGAGUCACUGCACACAAGUUCAAUAACAUGGAUCCCGAAUUGCUAGACACACCCUGGAUUUGGCAUCCGGAGUGGCAAGACCAUGGCGCAAAUACUGCUGGUGGCAUCGUCCACUUUCGCAAGAGUCUGAACCUUGAAGAAGUUCCACAGGGGCCGUCGAGAAUUCAGAUUACGGCGGACACGAGAUACAAGCUUUUCAUCAACGGUCAAGACGUCUUUUCAGGCCCUGUCAAAGGGGAUGAACAUCUCUGGUUCUAUGACGAGAUCGACAUACAACCAUUUUUGAAGGCUGGGGUGAAUCAAAUCUCGGUCAGGGUCCUGCGCUUCUUUCAUGCCACGCAGUACGCGACGAGUUUCCCACGACUACCCAUUCCUGGACUUUUCAUACGACCCCUGGUGUCAAAUGAUGUGGUUUCUUUGCUUGUUCGCAGUGACAGUUUGUGGGAAGCCGCCAUAGACCGUGCCACGGUGCUUCGCAUUGACCAGAAAGAAGACGACUUCCUCCACAUUUACGAAGACGUGGACGCAGUGAAAGCAUUGGAGCUCGAUUGGGUUGCAGCAAAACAAUUGGAAUUACCGGCAUCGCAUGGCAUCACUCCGCCGUGGGUCUUAGCUCCGCGACUGAUACCAAAGCCGACGACCACUUCUCGUUCACUUGCAGCUGUCCAUAAGGUCAGAAGCGGCAUAGAACAGGCUUCGUGGGAGAGCUUCUUGAAGAACGGUCCGAGUACGCUCUGGCUGCCUGCGGGCACACAUCACCACAUCGAAGUUGAGGCAGACAACCACUUGACGGCGAUGCUCGCAUUCCGCUUUAGACGACCCGAAACUUCGGGAUCAAUUUUACGAAUUCGGUACUCUGAGGCGUAUGAAGACGAACCAGAGUAUGUGCCUUACAUUCGCCGCAAAGGCGACAGGAGAGACACGACCAAAGCUUUGUUUGGGCCAGAAGACAGUCUAGAUGCAGCAAAGUUUGAGAUCUUUUCGCCUUUUCAUUUCCGAACUUUACGCUUCAUGUCUAUCGACAUCCAGGUAGAUUCGGAAAGCGAUCUAGAGUUCCUUGGGAUUACCAUCGAUCAGAUUCAUUAUCCUCUAGACAUCAAGAGCGAGUUCACCCUCUCCUUGGCUGAUGAGCACCAGUCAACAUACCAACGCCUCUGGGACAACAGCGUACGCACGCUUACAAAUUGCAUGCACGACUGCUACAAUGACUGUCCCUUCUACGAACAGCUUCAAUAUGCUAUGGACGUACGCAGUUCCUGUCUUUUCACUUACGCCGUGUCAGGCGAUGAUCGAAUGGCUCGGCAGGCAAUUGUUCAGCUUCACAACUCGUAUCGUCCAAGCAUUGGGCUAAUCGCUAGUCGCAGCCCUGCCCAUGUCUUUCAAGUGAUUCCUCACUUCUCGCUAUUCUGGAUCUGCACGGUAGCUGAUCACUUCACCCAUUACGGCGACGAGAAAUUCACUCGCAAAUUUCUCGCAGUGUGUGAUGGUAUCCUUGCGUCCUUUGCACAGCGCUUGGAUACAGAGACCGGUCUCAUAUCCAGUGGCUCUCGGUUCAUCAGGACACAUUGGGACUUUGUCGACUGGACAACUGAGUGGACACCUAUGGGUAUACCGCCGGCAGCCCAGAGGACGGGUAUUCAGACAUUCACCAACUUUCUUUACGCUUACACGCUCAAGGCCAUCGCCAAGACUGUCAGGAAUCUCGGUCGACCUGCUCUAGCGCAGGAGUACGAGUCACAAGCAGACGAGAUCGUUUCGGCCACCCAAAAGCACUGCCGUGUGGGGCCAGUCUUUACAGAUGGAUUGGCGGUCAAAGCCGACCACUCCUUGGACUUCAGUCAACACAAUCAAAUCUGGGCUGUUCUCUGUGGCGCGACUAGUGGUGAGGAGGCGAGACAACUCCUCACACAAUGCUUCGAUGAUACCCCGAGCACGUCAAAACUCCCCACUGCACCGGGUCAUCUCGUCAAAUUCACCAAGGCUUCUACGGCGAUGUCGUUCUACGCUCUCCGGGCUUUGUCCGAAGUAGGCGGAGACCUCUACGACAAAGCUUUCCACUCCUUCUGGGAUCCCUGGCGGCAUCAGCUGGGACAGAAUCUGACAACUUGGUGCGAGGAUGAGGUGACGCUAAGAUCAGACUGCCAUGCGUGGAGCUCGGUGCCUCUCUACGAGUUCACGGCCGAGGUUGCCGGUAUCAAACCUCUCGAGCCCGGAUGGGGAGCCAUCUCUUGCGCUCCUCGGUUCACCCUCUUCAGCGAGUUUGACGCCAAGGUAGCGCUUGGUGGAAAGCUAGCACCUGGCAUUGCUCGCAUCAGAUGGUCCCGAGAGGUCGGUACUGAUGAAAUGAGCUUGUCGAUUGCUCUGCAGGAUAUCCCAGUCGAAGAUCCGAUUCGAAUAAGCGUGAAGCUUCCAAGUGCCCAAGAUUUUGGCUUUGAGCUGGAGGUAAAAUGA